CCCUCAGCACUCGCUGCGCUGCCUAGCACCCAGCAUCCGACACAGAUUCACCAGCGCUCUCCAGCUGCGACGCUGCCGCACCGGGACUGCUCCCGCUCCACGCCUGGGGAAUUCCACAACGCGGGGCUCGGGCCACACGGGCCACAGGCAGCUUCCCUCCAGCCGGCGACAGCGACAGACCUGACAGCUCUGCUAAGACCACAUGGCCACUGCCGGAAAAGUUAUCAGGUGCAGGGCUGCUGUUGCCUGGGCCCCCAGCAAACCUCUCUCUGUUGAGGAGGUGGAAGUUGCACCUCCAAAGGCAGGGGAAGUCCGGAUCAAGCUUGUGGCCACAGGCAUCUGUCAGACAGAUGAUCACCUUCUGCAAGGCUGCUUUCCCAGUGCAGAAUUCCCAGUUAUACCUGGCCAUGAAGGAGCUGGAAUUGUGGAAAGUGUUGGGGAAGGAGUGACCUCUAUGAAACCAGGUGAUAAAGUCAUGCCACUUUGCAUCCCUCAGUGUGGGGAAUGCAGCUUCUGCCGGAAUCCUGACUCCAACUACUGCCAGAAGUCCCAUUUCUCUGAAACACAAAGUCUACUGCCGGACAAGACCAGCCGCUUCUCUUGCAAAGGGAAGCAGAUCCACCACUUCCUGUGGAUCAGCACCUUUGCCGAAUACACCGUGGUCCCAGAGUACGCCGUUGCCAAGGUCGAUGCUGCGGCACCUCUGGACAAAGUCUGCUUGUUUGGCUGUGGGUUUUCAACUGGCUAUGGGGCUGCCAUCAACACAGCCAAGGUAAAACCAGGCUCCACCUGUGCCAUCUUUGGCCUCGGAGGAGUUGGCCUCUCCGUCGUCAUGGGCUGCAAGGCAGCUGGAGCUUCCCGCAUCAUUGCCGUGGACAUCAACAACGACAAGUUCGCCAAGGCCAAGGAGCUGGGAGCCACCGACUGCAUCAACCCCCAAGACUUGAGGAAGCCCGUCCAGGAGGUGCUCACCGAGAUGACCGGGCAGGGCGUGGACUACUCCUUUGAGGCCAUCGGGCGUGCAGACACCAUGAUUGCUGCCUUGGCUUCCUGCAAUAUGAACACCGGUGUCUGUGUGAUGAUUGGGGAACUGGAUUCUGGUUCAAAAAUUUCCAUUGAUCCCAUGCUUUUGCUGACUGGGCGUACCUGGAAAGGCACUGUGCUUGGAGGCUGGAAGUUGAGGGACUGUGUCCCCAAAUUAGUUUCCAGCUAUUUGGAGAAGAAAUUCAAUUCAGACUUGCUGAUCACACACACGCUGCCAUUCGCUCAAGUGAACGAGGGAUUUGAGUUGCUACGUGCCGGAAAAAGUAUCCGCACUGUCCUGCUCUUCUGAAGGACACAGCCAAGGAAGCCGAGCAGAGGGACCAGCACAGCAGAUGUUCUCCUGGCCCUGGCACCUUCUCAAGCAGCACCUCCUGGUGGGGCACAAGGAGAAGAGAAUGAGGAAUUCACCUGUGCUGGUGCCACUGCUGCUUCUGCUAUGCCUGGACAGGACAAAGAAGGAUGUCUCUCCCAAGAAAUUGCUUUUACGAAUAAAGGGUUUCUUGUCAAACUCAUCCCAGGCACUGCAUUCAAUCAAAAGUGUUUCCAGACGACAGGAGGAGCUCCCUUUCACCUUGAGGGCUCUUCCUGUACAUCCUUAGUCUCAGCAGUGUGCAACAGCCUUUGCCCCUUCUCUGCUGCUGCCUCCCACCUUCAUUUGCCUCAGUGAGGUGUGCCCUUUUCUCUCUGCCCCCAUCUCAGCUAGGUGAUUGCUGCACCUUCCAGCAAACCCAGCAGAGAAACAACCCCCACUGCAGGUGCUCUAAAGCAUAUUAUAUAAAGCAGUAGAUAACUUUCUUAUUAUGACAUAACACUCAUACAGCAUUCAUGGAUCUAGUUUCACUUUAGCAAAUGCUCUUGUACUUUUAAUAUAUUUUCUGCACCAAGUCCCACAGUAUAUUAUAGUACAACUCUGAAAAAUCUUCCCCAAAAAACAGGAUUGUCACUCUAGAAUGGUCAUUCUGCUAAAUGGAUCUUUCUUUCACUGCUGAGCAUUGGACCCUUAGCACUAUCAUGUCUUUUGACCUCUUUUGUGCAAUACUUAUCACAUCCCACAGCCCUUUGAACUUCUGGAAAUCCCUUAGCACAAUCAGCAAUUACACGGAAUAUCAUGAACACACAAAUGAGUUAUCAAAGGUAAAAAAAUACCUUCCUGUCUGCCAAUUUUAGUAACUUCUGCACAUAUCACUCUGCCAUGACAAAAAAGUUAGCUAUGAUUCUCUCUCAACUACUUUUUAAACAUAAGACAAUAAGAGUGCUGGUAAUGAGUUAACACUAUUAUAAUUCAAUAAAUGUUAAUAAAUUGAGUUCUAGCACUUC